CCUCUACUUCAUCACUUUCUUCAUUUGGUCAUGUUCCGUCUCACAUCUCCUGAGAGAUGCAUUAUUGUUCUCUUCAGCCAUCAUGUGCCUCUUCAGAAUAGCAUAAAUAUUGAUGGAUGUCUCCAUCCACCAUUAAUGUAUACAUGAUGUUGCCAGGUGAUUUAUCUCCGUCCCUGAGAAAAAGGUCUAGAAUGAAACAGCCAGAGCAGGGUUGGGUCUUUCUGCUUCCGUUGUUAUUGGCAUAUUUUUCUCAUGCUGAACAGCAACUGUGCACACACAUCGGAGACCCGGAGUUCCCACAACUAGUGAAGGAUGGAGACAUCAUGCUGGGGGGAGUUUUCUCUUUCCAUGUCAGCUGGAACGAAGUGGAGACUCAUUAUGAGGAAAAGCCUCCACACCUACAGUGCACAAGUUUGAAUUUCAGAGAAUUCCAGAUGCUCCAAGUUAUGCUUUUCACCAUCGAGGAGAUCAAUAACAGCUCAGACCUGCUACCAUGGAUUUAUCUAGGCUGUAAGAUUUAUGACACUUGCGACUCCAUUGCUAGAAGUAUUAAAGUGUCUCUGGCCUUGGUCAAUGGUUAUGGAAAUGUGUCUGCAACUUCCGAGGCAUGCGUAAGACCUGCGCAAGUGCAGGCUAUAAUGGGGGAAGCCUCGUCGUCUCCGAGCAUGGCUAUAGCCACCAUCAUUGGACCGUUUUCUGUCCCACUGAUAAGUCAAUUUUCCACGUGUGCUUGUCUCAGUGAUAAAUCCAAGUACCCGUCAUUUCUCAGAACAAUACCCAGUGACUACUAUCAGAGCAGAGUUCUGGCCCAGUUGGUGAAACACUUUGGUUGGACUUGGAUCGGGGCUAUUAGAACAAACGAUGACUACGGCAACAACGGCAUGGCCACGUUCACAGAGACUGCCGAGCAGCUGGGCAUCUGUCUGGAAUAUUCUCUAACUUUUUUCCGGACAGAUCCGUGGGACAAGAUACAAAAGAUAAUCGAAACGGUCAGGUCUUCCACCUCUAAGGUGAUCGUCGCUUUCUUUUCCCCAGCGGACAUGGAUGUUCUCCUAAAAGAGUUUUCUAGGGCAAACUUGACUGGCUACCAGUGGGUCGGCACAGAGGCCUGGAUUUCUGAUUUUCAGAGCGCCUUGAGAGACAAUAAGCGCAUUUUAGAUGGAGCCAUAGGUCUUUCCAUCCCCAAAGCRAACGUCAGUGGACUCAAAGAGUUCAUACUUGAUGUGAAACCACUUUAUUUAACCAGCAAUGACUUGUUUGUGGAGUUCUGGGAGGCGUUAUUUAGCUGCAAGGUCAAACAGUCAGAAGUAGGAGAAAGCCAGAGGCUCUGCACUGGCCAWGAGAAUCUGACUGGAGUGGAAAACAGCUUCACCGACAUGUCAAUGAUGCCCAUAUUUAGCAAUAUGUAUAAAGGAGUGUAUGCAGUGGCUCACRCUCUGCACAAUAUUYUAGGUUGUAAUAAAACAUGYAACWACAAGGUGCCACUGGACCCGUUAACGAUUUUACAGCAUAUAAAAGGAAUUCACUUCAAAACAAARGAAGGAGAAGAGGUUUACUUUGAUGAGAAUGGAGACCCGGCAGCAAAAUAUGAGAUUAUAAACUGGCAGCCAAGAGAAAACGGCCCUGUGAGCUUUGUGACCGUCGGUCUUUACGACGCGUCUUUACCAGCAGAUGAGCAGAUGAAUGUGCAGCAGAAGUUUGUAGUUUUUGCUCAAAAUUCAGAGCAGGUCCCUGUUUCGGUUUGCAGUGAGUCGUGUCCCCCAGGAACACACAAGGUUCUCCAGAAAGGAAAACCUGUGUGCUGCUACGACUGUAUAAGUUGUGCAGAGGGAGAAAUAAGCAACAGCACAGAUUCUGUCUCUUGCAUCAGAUGCCGUCUUGACUUCUGGUCAAAUGAAAAAAGAGAUGCCUGUAUUCAGAAGGAUGCAGAGUUUUUGUCACAUCGAGAAAUUAUGGGAGCAUUGCUCACUGCAGCAUCCUUAUUUGGAACGUGUAUGACUGUAGUUGUUGCUCUUAUUUUUGUCAAAUACAGAAAAACUCCUCUUGUGAGGGCAAAUAACUCUGAGCUGAGCUUCCUGCUGCUCUUCUCCUUGACCCUGUGUUUCCUCUGCUCUCUGACUUUUAUGGGAGAGCCGUCUGACUGGUCCUGCAUGCUGCGGCACACAGCGUUCGGCAUCACCUUCGUCCUCUGCAUCUCUUGUGUCCUGGGGAAAACCAUGGUGGUCUUAAUGGCGUUCAAUGCGACACGUCCCGGUAGAAAUGUGAUGAAAUGGUUAGGAGCUACACAGCAGAGACUUGGAGUUCUGGGCUUCACACUUAUGCAAGUUAUCAUCUGUAUCGUCUGGUUGACAACUUCUCCUCCAUUUCCGUCCAAGAACUUUAAGGAAUUUAAAGACAAAAUCAUCCUGGAGUGUUCGUUGGGCUCUGCUGUGGGUUUCUGGGCUGUGCUUGGGUACAUAGGACUUCUCGCCACAUUAUGUUUUAUUUGUGCUUUUCUGGCUCGUAAACUGCCCGAUAAUUUCAAUGAAGCCAAAUUCAUAACCUUCAGCAUGUUGAUAUUCUGUGCCGUGUGGAUCACUUUCAUCCCAGCGUAUGUCAGCUCUCCUGGGAAGUUCAGUGUUGCCAUUGAAAUCUUUGCUAUCCUGGCCUCCACUUUUGGAUUACUAAUUUGUAUUUUCAUUCCAAAAUGUUAUCUCAUGUUGAUAAAACCGGAAAAAAAUACAAAAAAGAGUAUGAUGGGACCAUCAAAGUAAGUCAGGAACAUAAUGUAUGAUGAAGUGUUUUUAGUUUGAAAUGUCUGUAUAUUUUUUAAAAUUUGUUCUUUGUCUUGUAUCAUUAUACAUGUCUAAGAAAGCAAAUUAUAUUUUUAUCAGCCAUCACUAGAAACCUUGACCCGUAUUCUCAAAGAAACCUUGAAGUAAACGUCGCUUCUAGCGAUUUCCUUUUUAGGAAAAUUCUUUUGGGAAUUCUAAAAUUUUUCUUAGAACUUUACCUUAUUAAGUUACUCACAAAGCACCGUAAGAAAGUUGAGAAGAUGAAAAAAUAUGAGGAGGAAUCUUAAUCAGCCUGAGAGAGGACUCUUUGAGAACACAGGUCCUGAUUAUUUAUUGAUUCAAUGAUUCAAAACUAAGUUUUUUUUACUUUGGAUAAAUAUCUAUUCAUUAUUAUUUAUAACCAUGUUACCAUAAUAAGCCCAAUGUAUCCAUGUGUGUUUUUAUUGCUCGUAAAUUAGAGGAUAGCUUA